AAUGUAAUAAUCGGUCUAAGAAAGGCGCAAAAUUGGAAAUUUAUAAUUAAAUGCAGAGAGAGAGAGAGAGAGAGAGAGAGAGAGAAAGUAGAGAGAGAAACGUGAAAGGUUGACCAGUUGAACUGGAAACGAAGAAGAAAGCGAGGAAGAAGCAGUGUGGGAAUUUUCAUGUCAAAGCCGAACUACGACACCAUUGCUUAAAUUCUCACCACCAAGCCUCAUCAGACAUCUUAACUCCGUCAAAUACACGUUUCUCUCUCCCUCUCUCUCUUAUGUCAGUCAUGUACAGAUACGGAGAAACGACAGUAAACUCAAUCUCUAAUUCUCUACACUAUAUCUGAAUUAUUCAAACCGAGUUAUAUACAUAUACCUAUACAUACACACAUCUACUUUGGCUCCUCGUAUAAAUAUUAUAGAUUUAUUAUUUCAAAGACCCAUAUUUUCUCUUCUUUUAUUCUUUUAUAUUGUUUUUUACUGACAAUCACAAACCCAAGCUCCCAUAUCCAGCCGCCGUUCAACAACUGCUCAAUCUCUUCGGUUUCUCUCUUCUAGCUCAAAGGGACUCUUCCUUUUUGAAUUUUCUCAGCUUCUGAGGUAUUCACUGUGACCAUUGAGUUAGGAAUAGCGUGGACUGUCAUUCAGCAAUUAUGACUUGCAUGUCUUUCUUAUUCAGUAGGAAGGGGAACAAUGCAAGAAACCAUGGUUUUGAUGUUGAAGAUGAUGUUUCUGGAAUUCAUGAUGUGAAACUUUACACCUAUAGAGAAUUAAAAACUGCAACUGAGGAUUUUAGUCAACAUAAUAAAAUCGGAGAGGGUGGUUUUGGUUCUGUGCAUAAGGGACGGCUUAAAGAUGGGAAGCUUGCUGCUAUAAAAGUUCUUUCAGCUGAAUCAAGGCAAGGAGUAAAAGAAUUUUUGACAGAGAUUGAGGUUAUCUCAAAGAUAGAGCAUGAAAAUUUAGUUAAGCUUUAUGGCUGCUGUGUUGAAGGGAAUCACAGAAUUUUGGUGUACAACUACCUCGAGAAUAAUAGUCUGGCCCAAACUCUCCUUGGUGGAGGGCACGCUUAUAGUAGUAUUCAGUUUAGUUGGCAAACACGGUAUAAAAUUUGCGUAGGGGUUGCACGUGGCCUUGCAUUCCUUCACGAGGAAGUGCAACCUUAUAUUGUUCACAGAGACAUCAAAGCCAGCAAUAUUCUGUUGGACCGAGAUCUGACACCAAAAAUUUCUGAUUUUGGUCUAGCAAAGCUUAUCCCAUCAAAUAUGACUCAUGUUAGCACACGUGUGGCAGGAACGAUAGGCUAUUUGGCACCAGAAUAUGCGAUAAGAGGGCAACUAACAAGAAAAGCAGAUAUUUAUAGUUUUGGGGUGCUCCUGGUGGAGAUAGUAAGUGGAAGAUGUAACACAAAUACUCGACUACCAGCUGGAGAACAAUAUCUGCUUGAAAGGACAUGGCACUUCUACGAACGCAAAGAGUUGAUUGGGCUGGUAGAUUCAUCAAUGAACGGGGAUUUUGAUGCCGAGGAGGCUUGUAGAUUUCUUAAAAUAGGUCUUCUUUGUACGCAAGAUGCACCAAAGCUGAGGCCAACGAUGUCAACCGUGGUUAAGAUGCUGACCGGAGAGAUAGAAGUUUAUGACAGUAGGAUCACAAAGCCUGGUUUGAUAACAGAUUUCAUGGACCUCAAAGUGAGAGGCCCUCAGAAAACUUCCAAGCUCCACUCCAGUGACAGUGAUAAUACAACGUCGUCAUCGUAUAAUCUACCCUCUACCUCAGAGAAACUAGACGGUUCAACUAUGUUUUCGGACUCAGCUGCUGCUACCAUGUCAACCUUCACCUCACCUUAUGAUCAGAGCAUUGUUACAAAAGAGUUUUCUGUAUGAUUCAUUGCAUUGCAUUGCAUUGCAUUUUUGUUCGUGGGUAUUCGUCCUCGUGUGUAUAUUGAACGACUGUUUUUUUUUUUCAAUCAUUUGUUAGAAUUUGCCAAAAGGUAUUCCUGUAAAUGGACUAGUCUUGAUAAGUCUUAGAACGUAGCCAAAAUUUGCGGUCAAAAAUUUGAAAAUAAGAUAUGUUUGUAGAUGUAAAUGACCCAAGUCUUUGGUAAGUUUGAGAAACUAGAAAGCUUUUUUUGCGACACGUGCUUGGAGAUACGUAUUGUAAUUUAAGAGUUGUAACAUAGUUGUGUUGUUAAUGA